UUAGUAUACACCGCUGCUGUGAGAGUUUACGUGCACGGAGCGAAGCACGAGGGAGUUACGCGGAUCAGCAACAACACGCGGGCCGUCCUACUUGUACUUGUCAUUUAAGAAGGUUGGGGGUGCAGUACUCUUUAAAUCAGCGUCGUCGAAUCCAACUCCACGGACACCUUGAACUCUGAGCUUUGGGACAAGAUGCUAUCAGCACAGUUCCCAACAGGAUCACCAACAGAUACCUUCGCUCCCUUCCAUAUGCAACCACACAAUCCACUACCAGUAUCGCCAACGAGCUUCACCACCCAUCCUCCAUCUCAAUCCAAUUUCGACUUUCUCGACAUACCCCCCCUUUACAACGGCGCUGGAACCCAACAGCAACAACUCCCACACGACCCGCUAUCCGCUUUCCUCGCUCACUUGACGCAUGAGUUUACGUUGGAGCCGGCAACACUGGGGACCAUUACUCGUCGAUUCACGGAACGAGCGUUGAAUGAUCUCCAAGGAAACCCGAAUACGAUGUUACCGACCCAUAUCCACCACGCCCCCACUGGCCGCGAAACAGGCACGUUUCUCGCGAUGGACCUCGGUGGCUCCAACCUUCGCGUCGCAAUCGUUCAACUCCGUGGUGCCUCUGAGGCGGUGCGUACAUGGAUCCGGUUAUGGCAGGUCCCGGAACACAUUAAACGUGGAUCUGGAGAUCAGUUCUUCGAUUGGAUCGCGGAUAGGGUUGGGGAGGUUGUUGUCGAGGGUGUGGAGAGGCGGGGGUGGAAUAGAAGUGUGGAUGGCGGCGGGGGGAGACAAUUGGGGAUGGGUUUGACUUUUAGUUUUCCGAUUGAUCAGACGGGGGUUAAUCGAGGGCGGAUCAUGAUGAUGGGGAAGGGGUUUAUGGUGAGUGAGGAGUUGUUGGGGCUAGACCUCAAAGAUUGCUUUGAUGCGGCAUUUCAGAGGAAGGGGUUGGAGGUGUCGCUGGACGUUCUCCUCAAUGAUACGGUUGCGACGUACCUCUCGACAGCGUACAAUGUCCCGAAUACGAGACUGGGACUUAUCUUGGGAACGGGGCACAAUAUCACGUGUUCGGCGAGUCUGGCACUGUUGCCGCAGUCAAAGUUGAGCGUCGCGUCCUCCUUUUCAAAAAAAGCGAGUUAUUGCCUGCUUAACGCCGAAUCCUCCAUGUUUGGCGGUGACGGCUCCAUACCCUUCACGAAAUGGGACCUCGAACUCGAUGCUGCGAAUGACAGGCCGGGCUUUCAGCCGUUGGAGCAAACGGUGAGUGGGAGGUAUCUGGGGGAGUUGUUGAGGUUGAUCGUGAUGGAGGCGGGUAGGGAUUAUGGGUUGUUUGGAGGAAGGGUACCGGAGGGGUUGGAGGUGCCGUAUUGCCUCUCCACGCAACUUAUGGCUGGGAUUGAGAAUGUUGGGGAUGUGAGUGAGUUGGCGCACGUCAUCCCGUCCUCGCACCCACUGUCGACAAUCCCCUUCAGCUCCAGGGAUCUCGCGUUCGUCCAGGCAGUUAGCAAAUUGGUAUCGACCCGCGGCGCCGCACUCACCGCAGCCGCGACGGUCGCCUUCAUCCAAGUUGACGCCCAAUGUGGAUUCCCUUUCACCCCUUCCCCCGCCAUGUCCUCCACCCCCUCUCGCUUCUCCAAAACCCCUCAAAUUGCAACCGUCGCGUUCUCCGGCUCGGUACUCGAGAAGUACCCACAAUUCAAGGAACGUACGCAGUGGUUUGUUGAUUGUUUGGUGAGGGAUCGGGAUGUUCAUCGGGCUGCGGCGGAGUUUGAGGGGAUUAGGUUGGUGGGGAGUGUUGAUGGGGGGAUUGUGGGGGCGGGGAUUGCGGCUGCUGUUGUUGCGUUGAGGAGGAAGUUUAGGUUGCCGGUGUGAUUUUGGGAUAUACUUUUGGUUUUGUGCUUGCGAUUGGAGUUAUGGAAUGGGCUUGGCUUCUUUGGGGUAUAGUUAUGGUACAGGACAUGACAUUGCGAAUUCAUAUCGUUGUUCACAUACGACUGCUUCGGACAUCAAGUGAACGAUCUCGGGAUAAAACCAGUCACUUCUCAAUGUACAUGUCCGUGCCGCGAGCACUCCCGCUACAGGGUGGGAGCAGUGCCUUGUCAAGA